CAGCAGCGCCUGGCACGUUCUUGGAGGACCCCAGGCGCAGAGGAGGAAAGGAGCAGGCGCAGGGGGGACUGGAAAGGCAGCAUGCGCCCGCCGGGAGCAGCCUCGGAGCCCACGGUGUGAGGCUGGAGCCCCAGUUCGCCAUUGUGAACCGCCGCCAGGGGAAGCUGCUAGUGCCGCCUUUCCUCCGGGUCCCCGUCCGAGCCGCGAUGGGGCACUUGCCCACGGGGAUACGAGGCAGCCGCCGCCUGCUGCCUCUGCUCUGGCUCUUUGUGCUGCUCAAGACUGCUGCCACUUUCCAUGUAACUGUCCAAGACGAUAACAGCAUUGUUGUCUCUCUAGAAGCUUCCGAUGUCAUCAGUCCAGCAUCUGUGUAUGUUGUGAAGAUAACUGGUGAAUCCAAAAAUUAUUUCUUCGAAUUUGAGGAAUUCAACAGCACCUUGCCUCCUCCCGUCAUCUUUCAGGCCAGUUAUCAUGGCCUCUAUUACAUCAUUACUCUGGUAGUAGUAAAUGGAAACGUGGUUACCAAGCCAUCCAGAUCAGUCACUGUGUUGACAAAACCUCUACCUGUAACCAGUGUUUCAAUAUAUGACUAUAAACCUUCUCCUGAAACAGGAGUCUUAUUUGAAAUUCAUUAUCCAGAAAAAUAUAAUGUUUUCACAAGAGUAAACAUAAGCUACUGGGAAGGAAAAGACUUCCGGACCUUGUUAUACACAGAUUUCUUUAAGGGAAAAACAGUAUUUAAUCACUGGCUGCCAGGAAUAUGUUAUAGUAAUAUCACCUUUCAGCUGGUGUCUGAGGCAACUUUUAAUAAAAGCACCCUUGUGGAGUACAGUGGUGUCAGUCAUGAACCCAAACAGCAUAGAACUGCCCCUUAUCCACCUCGAAAUAUUUCUGUUCGUAUAGUAAACUUGAACAAAAACAACUGGGAAGAACAGAGUGGCAGUUUUCCAGAAGAACCUUUCAUGAGAUCACAAGAUACAACAGGAAAAGACAAACUCUUCCAUUUUACAGAUGAAACUCCUGAACUUCCCUCUGGCAACACUUCUUCUGGUUGGCCCGAUUUUAAUAGCAGUGACUUUGAGACUACAUCUCAGCCAUAUUGGUGGGACAGUGCAUCUGCAACUCCUGAAAGUGAAGAUGAAUUUGUCAGUGUACUUCCCAUGGAAUACGAAAAUAACAAUACACUCAGUGAGACUGAGAAGUCAACGUCAGGCUCAUUCUCUUUUUUCCCUGUGCAAAUGAUAUUGAGCUGGUUACCACCCAAACCACCCACUGCCUUUGAUGGGUUCCAUAUUCAUAUAGAAAGAGAAGAGAACUUUACUGAAUAUUUGACAGUGGAUGAAGAAGCGCAUGAAUUUGUUGCAGAACUGAAGGAGCCUGGGAAAUAUAAGUUAUCUGUGACCACCUUUAGUUCCUCGGGAUCAUGUGAAACUCGAAACAGUCAGUCAGCAAAAUCACUCAGCUUUUAUAUCAGUCCUUCAGGAGAGUGGAUUGAGGAAUUGACAGAGAAGCCUCAGCAUGUGAGCGUCCAUGUCUUAAGCUCAACUUCUGCCUUGAUGUCCUGGACCUCUUCCCAAGAGAACUACAACAGCACCAUUGUAUCUGUGGUGUCCUUGACCUGUCAGAAGCAAAAGGAGAGCCAGAGGCUUGAAAAGCAGUACUGUACUCAGGUGAACUCGAGCAAGCCUGUUAUUGAAAAUCUGGUUCCUGGAGCCCAGUACCAGGUUGUGAUGUACCUAAGAAAAGGUCCUUUGAUUGGGCCACCUUCAGAUCCUGUGACAUUUGCCAUUGUUCCCACUGGAAUAAAGGAUUUAAUGCUCUAUCCCUUGGGUCCCACAGCAGUGGUUUUGAGCUGGACCAGACCUUACUUAGGAGUGUUCAGAAAAUAUGUGGUUGAAAUGUUCUAUUUCAAUCCUGCAACAAUGACAUCCGAGUGGACAACCUACUAUGAAAUAGCAGCGACUGUCUCCUUAACUGCAUCCGUGAGAAUAGCUAAUUUGUUGCCUGCGUGGUACUACAACUUUCGAGUUACGAUGGUGACAUGGGGAGAUCCAGAAUUGAGCUGCUGUGACAGUUCCACUAUAAGCUUCAUAACAGCCCCAGUGGCUCCAGAAAUCACUUCAGUGGAAUAUAUCAACAGCCUGUUGUAUAUCAGUUGGAAAUACGGGGAUGACACAACUGAUCUGUCCCAUUCUAGAAUGUUGCACUGGAUGGUGGUUGCAGAAGGAAAGAAGAAAAUUAAAAAGAGUGUAACACGCAAUGUCAUGACCGCAAUUCUCAGCCUGCCUCCAGGAGACAUCUACAACCUCUCAGUAACUGCUUGCACCGAGAGAGGAAGUAAUACCUCCAUGCUGCGCCUCAUCAAGCUAGAACCAGCUCCUCCCAAAUCACUCUUCGCAGUGAACAAAACCCAAACUUCAGUGACUUUGCUGUGGGUGGAAGAAGGAGUAGCUGAUUUCUUCGAAGUUUUCUGCCAACAAGUUGGCUCCAGGCAAGAAACCAAACUUCAGGAACCAGUUGCUGUUUCUUCUCAUGUUGUGACCAUCUCCAGCCUCCUUCCUGCCACGGCCUACAACUGUAGUGUCACCAGUUUUAGCCACGACAGCCCCAGCAUUCCUACAUUCAUAGCCGUCUCAACAAUGGUUACAGAAAUGAACCCUAACGUGGUAGUAAUCUCAGUACUGGCCAUCCUUAGCACUCUUCUCAUUGGGCUGCUGCUUGUCACCCUUGUCAUUCUUAGGAAAAAGCAUCUGCAGAUGGCUAGGGAGUGUGGAGCUGGAACAUUUGUCAAUUUUGCUUCCUUAGAGAGGGAUGGAAAGCUUCCAUACAACUGGCGUAGGAGUAUAUUUGCUUUCUUAACCCUGCUACCCUCAUGUCUUUGGACUGAUUAUCUUUUGGCAUUUUAUAUUAAUCCUUGGAGUAAAAAUGGUUUAAAGAAGAGAAAACUGACCAACCCGGUUCAACUGGAUGACUUUGAUGCCUACAUCAAGGAUAUGGCCAAAGACUCGGACUAUAAAUUCUCUCUUCAGUUUGAGGAGUUGAAAUUGAUUGGACUGGAUAUUCCACACUUUGCUGCAGAUCUUCCACUGAACCGAUGUAAAAACCGUUACACAAACAUCCUACCAUAUGACUUUAGCCGAGUAAGAUUAGUCUCCAUGAAUGAAGAGGAAGGUGCAGACUACAUCAAUGCCAACUAUAUUCCAGGAUACAACUCACCCCAAGAGUAUAUUGCCACCCAGGGGCCACUGCCUGAAACCAGAAAUGACUUCUGGAAGAUGGUCCUGCAACAGAAGUCUCAGAUCAUUGUCAUGCUCACUCAGUGUAAUGAGAAGAGGAGGGUGAAAUGUGACCAUUACUGGCCAUUCACAGAAGAGCCCAUCGCUUAUGGAGACAUUACCGUAGAGAUGAUCUCAGAGGAAGAGCAGGAUGACUGGGCCUGUAGACACUUCCGGAUCAACUAUGUAAGUCACUAUCAGGAGCCGGGGUGCUGUCCCCCCAUCACGGCCACCACCACCACCCCACUCAUGCCCUGUCAGUGCGGAGGGACCAACCUACUACCGUGUAAGAUGAUGAACCUGCCAGGCUCCGCAAUGCUGUUUAUUUAAGAGAAACAUUUCCUUUUAGUGUAGUUGUUACUCAUUCCAUCAAGGACAGUGUGGAAUGAAAUCAUUGGCCUGGAGGGCCUGAGUAGAUGAAAUAAAAAGUCUGCACUGCUUCAUCUCAAAUUAGCCCAGGGCAAUAAAAGGCAAUUCAUCAUUGCUUACCAGGCAUGACUGAGAAGGGAAAUGUUUCAUUAAUUAUAUUGACCUCGGUGAGUAUAAUUAGGAUAUGCAAGACACACCGACUUUUUCCCACUUUAAAUAUUUAUUGUGAUUUAUUCUUUACAUCUAAUCAUUACACGUCUUUGUAAGGUUCAGAAUAGUCUUUAAAAGCAUGCAUAUGGUGUGUACAUGCCAAGACAUCAAGGAUAUAAACAUAUUCACCGCCUUCAACAUUUAAGAUAUUACAUUGUGAAUAUUUGAAACCUGUUCCAAUGGUUAUUCUACAAGUAUGUACUGAAUUGUCUCUGACAUUCUUCACUGUGAGAUACAGUUCUAAAGAAAAGCGUACUGAGGACUUUGGGCAGAAACAGGAUUCGUGAUACAGUAGUUCGGACCAGCGCGGGACCGACCCUAUGGCCACAAUACCUGGUAGAGAGCCAGGACACUGAGCUAGGGCUGCCCUGCUCAGUCUUGCUGGCUAGAGCAGCACUCGGCAAGGGAGUGGGCACCCAGGCUGCACCCGCCUCACAGCUCAUGAGUCCACUGCCAGGCCUUGAUUUCUGGCAGGGACAGUCAUGGCAUCCUAGCCAAAUAUUCUGCGAGGAAAGAUGAGAAGGGGAAGAACAUCCAGGUGAUGGUGAG